GUGUUAUGGAAACAAAGGACAAGUACAAGGGGUUAACAAAGAACCAGAUCAAGAAUCUGAAAAAGAAGGAAAGAAAGAAGGCUGCCAAGCGUAAGAGAGAUGAAGAACCAGAGCCUGAAGAAGUCCAUGACCUCAACGGAGAAGAGAUCCAAGGCCCACAGCCUUUCGUCCGUCAAGGCGCUAAACGUACCAGGAAAUUCGAAGAAGAAGCCGUCGACGAAGAAACUACCAGCAACAGGAAGGACUCUGCCGGAGAUUUUGAAGACCAGUUCGAAGACGAAUUUGAGGAGGAAAAUGUGAUUGAAGGUGAAGACUGGGAAGACAUCGAUGACAAAAAGAAAGUCAUUGAGGUUGCUGAAGCCCCCACAGAUGAAAAUAUGCAAGAUGACAAAGACGAAGAAGAGAAAAUAGAUACUAGCAAGCAGAAGAAAACCCAGGAAAAUAAACCCAAGGAGGUAUUUUUGGGCAAUGAAGAGCUGAAAAAAGAUGAAGAGCUUAUUUUUGACAAUUCUGCAUAUGAAAUGUUGCAUAGAUCUAAUGUCCAAUGGCCAUGUCUUAGUGUAGACAUCCUUUGAGAAGAUAGGUUUGACAAAGAGAAAUAUAGCAGUUGGUUCCCUAAGUAUGUUAAUAACCUCAACCCAACACUUUUUGAGAAGAAGGAUGAAGAUAUGGAGGACACAAAGGAAGAAACUAAGGAGACACCUAUUCAUUUGCCAACUAAGUAUCCUCUAGAUUGCUAUGUUGUGGCUGGAAGUCAGGCUCCUUCAAAGAAGCAAAACUGUAUUUAUGUGAUGAAAUGGACUAAUCUCUACAAGACCUUGAACGAAGAAGAGGAAGAGGAUGAUAACGAAGAAGAUGCUAUGCUUUACUUCGAAUCAGUCCCUCAUCUAGGCCAAGUAAACCGGAUAAGAUCUAUGAAUGGGUCAAAUAUUGUUGCUUGUUGGGGUAAUCUUGAAGGAAAAGGAAAGGUUUCCAUCUUUAACCUUGAGGAAGCUAUCCAGAGAGUGGAGAAGAAGCACAAGAAUAAAUCGAAUACUAUGUCACAUAAAAAAUAUAGUACUAUGAUUUCGAGUUUUAAUCAUUCCCAAGAAGGAUACGCUCUUGACUGGUCUCCAUUAAGACAAGGUCUCUUAGCUUCAGGAGGAAAUGAUAAGAAUAUUUUCCUGUAUGAGCCUACUGAUACUGACUUCUGUGACUUUAAGAUGCACGACAAGCCACUGAAAGGACAUAAAGCUGCAGUUGAGGAUAUUCAAUUUAGCCCUAGACAAGAACACGUUCUUGCAAGUUGAUCUGUUGAUAAGACAGUCAAGUUAUGGGAUCUCAGAGAUAACAAAUGGAAACCAGAGAUAUCUUGGCAAGCACAUGAUGCUGAUGUUAAUGUAAUCUCAUGGAAUAGCCACUGUCCAUUCUUAAUCGCUUCAGGAUCUGAUGAUGGCUUCUUUAAAGUAUGGGAUCUCCGUAAACUGCAAAAAGAUCUUAAGUCUGAGCCUUUGACUAGUAUUAAAUGGCAUGGUCAGCCAAUCACAUCAAUUCAGUUCCAGCCAAGGGAAGAAUGAGUACUCUCGGUAGCAUCUGAUGACAAACUAACUGUCUGGGACUUUUCAGUAGAAGCUUCUAAAGAUGAGAUAGUCGAUACUGAAAUUCCUCCUCAGUUGAUGUUCCUCCACUUGGGACAAAAGAAUAUGAGAGAGUUGAGGUUCCAUCCAUACUAUGACUCAGUCAUCAUCUCUACUGCUGAAGAUAGCUACAACAUCUUUAAGCCCAACUUUGACCCUGACCAACAAGAGGAUGAUGAAGAAGAAGAUGAUGGUCAGGAAGAAAUUCACCAGAUGAACAAAGAAGCCCAAGAACUUCAGAAGAGACUUGAUGAUAUGACUCUUGAAGCCCAUUAAUAAUUAUCCAAUUAUCAUAGCCUGAACUGGG